UCGUCGCCGUAGGAGAAGGGCUCGUUGUACCCCCGACCAAGGCAGAUGAGGUUGAGAGCAUCGCUGAGGCUCUUCGAGCAGAGUCUGAAUGCCUUCGGGGACGGUGCACUCUCGACACAUUGGUGUGUGUCCAACAGGAGUUCCCUUCAGUACCGAUGAAACAGUAACCUCACACCAAUCGGUGUAUCUCUCCGGAUAGAUGUAAACAACACCGGCACUCUCCACGUCACUUUGUAAUUAAUAGUAAAAAUGUCAUCACGUACAAAUAAACGAGAAUCUGCCACAAAAGAGAGCCAGAAAGUGAUUCAAGAGAGCAAUACCCAGUGGUCGAGAGACAAAUUGUUGCUUCAAACAUUUGCUCUUGUUUCCUCGAUCAAGGUGCUCUUAGUGCCCACAUAUCAUUCAACGGAUUUCGAAGUCCACAGAAAUUGGCUAGCGAUAACUCAUAGUCUACCGAUUACCGAGUGGUACACGAACUCUAAUUCAGAAUGGACAUUAGAUUAUCCACCUCUAUUUGCCUGGUUCGAGUGGUUGUUGAGUCAAUUUGGGAAGUUUGUGGAUCCGGAGAUGCUGAAGGUAGAUAAUCUCAAUUAUGCAUCCGGGCGGACAGUUCUAUUCCAAAGGGCAACGGUGAUGAUUUCGGAUUUGACUCUGGUGUACGGAGUACGAGAAAUUGGAAAGGUCUAUGCUACUUCCUUCAACGGUUUUGCAGCGUUCGCCUUCUUGACUCUGUGUAACAUGGGAUUGUUGGUAGUCGAUCAUAUUCAUUUUCAGUAUAAUGGGUUUCUUCUGGGAAUUUUACUGAUUGCUAUUGCCAAUGUGUCCAAACCAGAUCAGACGAGCAUUCUAAUCGGCGCAGGUGCAUUUUCAAUAUUAUUAAACCUGAAGCAUCUCUACCUGUAUGUGGCACCUGCAUUUAUUGUUUGGUUGCUGAAGUGGUACUGUUCAAGGUCUGGGAAUCUUUUUCUUCGAUUGAUUCAGCUUGGCGCGAUAGUUCUUACUGUUCUCGCUAUAUCUUUCGGACCAUUUGUGACUCAACUAACGCAGGUUCUAUCGAGGCUAUUUCCCUUCAAAAGGGGUCUGGUGCAUGCCUACUGGGCUCCAAAUGCCUGGGCCCUCUACGUAGGGGUUGACAAAGUCUUAUCAGUCCUGUGGAAACGACUGGGAUGGCCGCUGACCACUCAAACUGCUGCGAUGACCGGAGGACUAGUCCAGGAAGGGGAAUUGAGUGUUUUACCUACUCCAACACCAAUUGUUACGUUUAUCGCAACAAUAUUAGCGGUUAUGCCGGCUCUUAUUACUCUCUCCAAAAGGAGACAGAACAUGCUCAAGCCACGUGAUUUUAUCACAUGUCUCGUGUUGUGUGGCCUCAGUUCCUUCAUCUUUGGUUGGCAUGUCCAUGAGAAGGCUAUCUUAACUGCUAUUCUGCCGCUAGGUAUCCUAGCUACUCUCGAUUCCUUCAAUGCCCGAGCAUUCAUGAUCCUCAGCGCAGCAGGUCACACCUCAAUUCUACCUUUGCUCUUCCCCAAAAAUCUGAUAAUCCUCAAAAUCACGAUGCUGUUGACCUACACCGCAGCUUCGUGGGUCUGCCUUCCGAAAUUGCACAGGACUUCGCUGUUGAGAACCUACGAGUGGUUAUACAUCGCAGCCCUGCCACUGGUAACCCUCUACGAAACCCUUAUCCACCGCAUUGUCUUGGGUGAUAAAUUACCGUUUUUACCUCUCGCUGCAACUUCGAUUUACUGCGCCAUCGGGGUCGUGUACACGUGGUUACUGAUUUACUAUAACUAUCCUUGCGAUGAAAUGAAGGAAGCCAAAAUUAUGAAGAAGAAGAGGCGGUGAAGUGUGUUGAAUGAGUCAUUGUAAAUAACAAAAAUCACUGUAACGAUUUGCAUUACAGCGUUGUUGAUUCAUCACCAAAGUAUUGUUAUUUACUUUCUGAGGAUUGAUAGAGGAGCGACGAUUUAUUUCGCAUUAAUAAUUAUUAAUAA